CCUAUUAAAGAAAAGCUGAAGCCUUUGAAAUCCUAUUGGAGCAGUGAAAAAUUGCCGCAAAGUGAGCGUUUCCUGCGAGAUUUUAUUUUAAAUAAAGGCUAUACAAAUGCAAAAUCUUCCGAUAUUCCCACUUAUGAUGAAAUCGUUGGUGAUAAUCAACCUUUAUCAGAAGAUGAAAAAGAACUCGAAAAACAGGCAGAAUUUGAACAGAAAUACAAUUUCCGAUUCGAAGAACCAGAUGCUGAAUUCCUAAAACGCUAUCCGAGAACCAUAGAACAGUCGGUUCGCCAAUCAGAUGAUCGUAGAAAACAAAAACGCCAGGAAAUCAAAGAGCGUAAAAAGCAUGAGAAGGAACAGAAAAUGAAAGAACUAGAAAUGGUUAAAGAAAUGAAACGCAAAGAGAUUGAAGAAAAAAUACUUAAACUUAAAAUGGUUACGGGUAAUGAAGAACUUGGAUUUAAAGAUGAAGAACUCGAAGAAGAUUUCGAUCCUGAAGCACACGAUAAACGUAUGCAAGAGAUAUUCAAUGAAGAAUUUUAUCAAGUAGAUGAAGGUGAAGAAAAACCGGAAUGCCCCUCGGAUAUUGAAGAAUUAAAAGUGGAAGAUUGGGAUAAUUACGAUCCAAAUGCAGAUGACAAUGAUGACUAUUAUAAUGAUCUACAUUGCGAAGAUGAAGACUUUAACAUGGACUGUGAUUACGAUCCUGAGGAAACUAAAGAACAGAUGCAAAAAGAGCUUAUCGAGAAUACGAAGAAACGAAAAGGCCGUAAAGGGCGAAAGAGUCAAUUCAUGGAAAUGAUAAAGACUGAAAAGCCAGCAUUUAAUCCAGAGGAAGAAAAAACCUACGAAGAUUAUAUUGAUGAGUAUUACAAGUUGGAUUGUGAAGACAUGAUUGGCGAUAUUCCUUGCCGUUUUAAGUAUGUGGAAACGACACCAAACGAUUUUGGUCUUACUAUAGAAGAGAUUCUCUUAGCCAAAAACAAGGAGUUAAAUCAGUGGGCAAGCUUAAAGAAAGCUAUUCAGAAUAGACCAGAACACAUAGAAAAAAAAGAUCAAAGGUUGUACAAACUCAAAGCAAAAAAUGAAGCACUAAAACGUAAAAUAUUCAAAAGUUUAUAUGACGAAGGCUCUGAUGAAGACGAUGGAGAGGAGGAAAAACAAAAUAUCCAGGAUGAAUCUAACCAGUCUGAGCCAGUUACCCCGCGCGCAGUAAAUCAAGUGGAGAACGAUGCAAACAAUCAAAGGGCGAGAAGAAAGAAGAAACGCAAGUCAAAAGUGGCAGACAAACCAUAUGAUAUCGAUGCUGAUGCUGAAACUAACGACAAAAAAGUGAAAUUAUCAGAGGAUUCAAACUCGAAAGUGCCCGCUUCAACUGCUGCUCGUCUAGAGACAGAAACAAAGAGUAAAAAUAAGCGAAAAAAACGCAAAGCUAAACCCAAUAACGCGGAAGAAGUUACUACAAAAACUCCAGGAACUAAUACAGCAGGUCAACAAUUAAAAAAUAACCAAAAGAGAAAGGUAGAUCAAAACAAGCCGAAUCCUUUUAAAACAAACGACCUUACCAUAGCUGAUGUGCAGCCUUCAACAAGUACAACUAGUCUGAAGGUGAACACACAAAGUAAUCCGAAGGAUAGAAAAACAAAACAACAUAAGUCAAAUCCGUUUAAGCAAAAUCAAAAUAAAAAAGGCUCUCUAAAUGCGAUUUCGGAGAAAAAUAAAUUUGCGGGAAACAAGGUACAGAAAGCGAAAUACAAAUCGAACUCGAAAAAAUUCCACAAAAGCAAAUCUACAAAUAGCGACGUCAACAUUAGCGACGAUCGUUUGAAAGCGUAUGGCAUAAAUCCGAAAAAGUUUCAUAAAAAGCAAAAAUAUGGAAAGCCUCAAAAUUAGUUAUUUUUUAAAUAUGUAAAUAUUAUUUAUAAUUAACAGUAGCAAAAUAAUAUUCGGUUUGCUGGUACAAAUAUUGACGGUUGCAACAAACGUAUGUACAAUUCAAUUUAAACGAAUGCAACGUUAAAUUUAUAAGCCAUAUACGGUGAACUUGUAUGUACGCACCAAAUUUUAAUUAGUAUUUUGUAUUUACAAUGAGAAAGCUAAAAUAAAAAGAGAUACUAAUUUUUAAACACGA